AUGGAGAAGAAGACCAAAGAAGGAAUGGAGGAGGAAAUGAAGAAGAAAAUAAUAGAUCAUCUCCAUGAAUUUAAUAUGACGCAGAUCAUUAAUUGUUUUUUACGCGAUUUAAAUAAAUACUACACGAAAGAGGAGGACAAAGAGGAGAUCAUUGGCCGUCCAUCGGAAUACGUGAAACAAAUGUUAAUGACGACCGAGGAGAGGACGCAAUACGUUAUAAAAUGGAGGCACAAGCUCAGAUUACCCUUCUGCAUCAAUGGAGAGCAUUACCACUUCCACAUCAGCCCCGUCAUCGUCGUAUUUCAACAAUUCACCCCUGGCGUGUACUUGAGCGUGAUGGUGACGAUUCGAAACGUGACGUCGGUAUCGAGAUACGUGAAAAACAUCUACGAGAUCAAUCCUUUCUUCGCCGUGGACUUUUGUGGUAACAAUUUCUCGACGAUGCUCGCGCCUGGUCUCUCCGUUACUUACAGAGUGAAAUUCAUGCCCGAGAGAAAGGAAGAUUAUCAUUAUCAGUUAAAAUUCGCGACAGAUAUAGGAGACGUGAUCAUACCGGUCGUAGCGAUCAAUUCGAGAGGGAUCUUGGAUUUUCCCGAUCGUAUCGAGGUACCGGCUACAGCGACCAAGAUCCCCUCUUUGAAAACGAUAUUUGUGCGCAAUGUGGGGACUGUCCCAGCUGCUUUCACCCUUUAUACCGACAACCCUUGCUUUUGGAUCGAGCCGUCGAAGGGGAGAAUAGAAGAGGAGGAAUCGCUUCAAUUUAUCGUACACUUUCUGUCAAACAAGGCUGGAGAUUUCGAGGCGAACCUGUUCCUCGAAUACGACACCGGUGAAAAGUUGCGCAUCGAUCUGCAGAGUUCGGCCGAAAAUUGUCACGUUCGAAUCGACAGGGGCUCCAUCAGAUUGGAGGAGACGUUCUUGGGCCUGUCGAGGAGCAAGACCCUGUUGAUCCACAACAGAAGCAAUUACAUCGUCAAGUAUAAGUGGAUGCUUUUCGAGAGCGUCGAGGCGGACAACGAGCGAAAAGAACAUUACCACAAAUUGUUCCAAUUGAUUUACGAGAACGAGCUCCCCCGUUGCGUCAACCUCGAUUAUUACACCGUGUGUACACCUGAUAUCCAUAAACUGAUUUAUCAACGUAUCUACACGGAUCAGCUCGAGUCGCUGGUGAAAGAAACGUUCGAGUAUAAAAACAUGUUUUUCAUUCUCUCACCCAUAGAGGCAGAAAUUUGGCCGCAAUCGUCCAUCGAGGUGACAGUCUACUUUCGCGCGGUGGAGAUCGGUGAAAUAACGAGCACCGCUUAUCUAGAGGUAACUGGUCGCGAAGAAAGGAUACCAAUUACUCUUUAUGGAACAGGGAAAGGGCCGAUUUUACAGUUGAACGUUCUCACGAUCGAUUUGAACAACAUCUACAUGUGUUCCGUGCACAAUUACGAGAUAAUAGCGGGGAACAAAGGGCACAUUUGCGGGACGCUGAUUUACAAGGAAAAGCGAACCGAUUUCGGUGGCACGAUCAACGUGACACCCCCCAGCCUCACGCUCAAGCCGGAGGAGCUCAAAUCCUUCAAUUUGUCGUUUUCCUCGAAUCAUAAGGGUGAUUUCGUGGAGAGGGUCGAUUUCGUGGUGAAAGAGACCCUCGAGGUGCUCAGCUUGCAUAUCAAGGGUUGCAUCAUAUGCCCGACUUUGCACUUCGACAAGGAGAGCCUCGAUUUCGGGACGACUGCCCUCGGUUUCAGUACGAGGCAAGACGUAUAUUUGCACAAUCUAGCCCUGAUACCGGUUGCCUUCACCUUAACCGUGCUGAACGACGGGGACGAAAUGGCACUGACGCACGAAGAUUUCGCGAGAAGUCAAACGAAGCCGUCCUUCCCGAGCAACCCCCGAGAAUUCGAGGUCUCGCCCGAGGAAGGGGUUGUAGCUUCCAACGAUUCCAUGAGAAUCAAGGUGAUUUACACGGCUAAUAUCGCGCGCGUCGGUCACACGAUGAUUCAAGUCGACAUGUGGGACUCCGGCUCGCACCCCGUCCUCUUGCCGAUCACGUUCUGCGGCAAAGUGACCCCAUUGACGAUCGUUCCCCAGGACAUCACGGUCCGAUUCUGCUUCCUCAAUUAUCCCUAUUCGAGAUCCAUCGACAUUACCAACAAUUCGGACAUAGACGGAUACUUUUACUUCAUACAGGAACAAGUCACGGAGGACGUAACUAUGAUAUGCUCGUUCUCCAAGUAUCAAGGAUACGUGAAAUCUCAUAAGUCGAGUACAAUCGAUGUCACUAUUAUGAUGAAGGAUUUAGGCAUUUACACACUCACGUUAAAGUAA